CGUAACCCUAGACCAGAGAGAUCAUGACGGAGAGAUCCAUUGCUACACGACUAUCGGAAUGAUUGGCGAUCGAUUGUCAAAGUCUGCAUCACGUGGAGUGACAAGCCUGCUAGAACCUUGGAAGUAGAGAAUCCUUUUUAUGUCCAUCGUCUUCUGCAAAACCAUGGGCGACCAACCAAUAUCCCAUCUGACUCUUGCCGAGAACCCUGCUGUCACCGAACCUCCCAGCAAAAGAGCCAAAUUCGCCAACAUGCCUUCCGCCAUCCUCGAGGAACAAGACGAGCAGCAACAGCAACAGCAACAGCAACAACAACAGCUCCAGCAGAAACAACGUCCCAAUGGCGUUCUGUCAAGGAAAACCAGCAGCAGCAAUUCGAGCGUUGUGUCUUCGAGAUACAACAACCGAAUCGUACUGACGACGUACCCAGGCCAGAGUGUCGCAGACCCAAUUAGUUUGGAAUGGGGCGCUGCAGACCCUCAAGAGCGAGGGCCCAUCAUCGUGUCACGCAGCGACGAGAGCUUCAAGCGACGCAAUGCCAUUGGCGCGCACGGCGGCUCAUACUCAUUCUACAAUGCGUUGGCCAUCGCCGCGGGCGACCUGGCACGAGACUUCCGACCCAACUUCACCAACACACAACCAACCUUUGACUUUCCUCAACAACCGGCUUGGGGCGACCCGAAGAAGAUCGUGUCGAUGGAUCCAUUUGGCAACGACGUCGUCAAGCACUUCGGUAAAUACAUGGACGAGGGCCUUGAUGUGCGACCAACCAUUGCCGUCACCAGAGCUACCAUGAGAGUGUCGGAAAUCUCCGAGUCGCUGCGACAUGGACGAGUCAGCGUCGAUGGCAGUGUGGUCUUGAACCAAGCUGGAGACGUUCGUGUCACCAAGGUCGCUGUCGAGCCCGUGUGGUAUCUCCCUGGUGUGGCAGAGCGAUUUGGCGUCGAGGAGUCGACGCUGCGGAGGGCCCUGUUCGAACACACCGGUGGCAGCUAUCCUGAACUCAUCACCCGAACCGACCUUAACGUCUUCUUGCCCCCCAUCGGCGGUCUGACCGUCUACAUCUUCGGCCCUCCCGAAAAGGUUUCAGACCCUAAUGCUAAGCUGGCCCUGCGGAUACACGACGAGUGCAACGGUUCCGACGUCUUCCAGUCCGACAUCUGUACCUGUAGACCUUAUCUCGCAUUCGGUAUCGAGGAGGCUAUCAAGGAAGCUCAGAACGGCGGCUCUGGUGUGGUCAUCUACUUCAGAAAGGAAGGUCGCGCUCUCGGAGAGGUUGUCAAGUACCUCGUGUACAACGCACGGAAACGAGGUGGUGACACUGCCGACAAGUACUUCCAAAGGACUGAGAAUGUCGCUGGUGUGCGAGAUAUGCGAUUCCAAGCUUUGAUGCCCGAUAUCCUCCACUGGCUAGGCAUCACCAAGAUCGACCGAAUGCUGUCCAUGUCCAACAUGAAACACGAUGCCAUUGUUGAGCAAGGUAUCCCCAUCUACGAACGAAUCCCCAUUCCCGAUGAAAUGAUUCCCGCAGAUUCAAGAGUGGAGAUUGACGCCAAGAUCAACGCCGGUUACUUUACUACUGGCGCGACAUAUACAGAGGAGGAGUUGAAGAAAGUCGAAGGGAGAGGGUGGCAAGGUUGGGAAGAUGCGACUCAUUGAGGAAUUUGAAGAAGGAAGAGGAAAGAAAUCUUGAUGAGUGGCAUUAUUACUGUAUAUACGCACUAUAUCAUCAUAUCAGGUUGAAAUUGCAUAUUGUUGGCAUUUAAGUUAAUAA